AUGGCCGACGCUUCUUCCAUUACUGUCGCGGUCCGGGUAAGGCCGUUCACAAUUAGAGAAGCAGCGCAACUCUCGAAAUGUGAAGACGGCCCAUUGUUCCUUGGUGACGGGUCACUGGCGGCAGCGCCGACACCCAAGCUCAACCAGAAGGGUCUUCGAUCUAUCAUCAAGGUCAUUGAUGAUCGAUGCCUUGUUUUCGAUCCCCCAGAAGACAAUCCUGUCCAAAAGUUUUCAAAAAGCGUCGUACCAAACGGAAAACGCGUCAAGGACCAGACCUUCGCUUUCGAUCGAAUCUUUGACCAAAAUGCCUCUCAAGGUGAGGUAUAUGAAUCGACAACGCGCGGCCUCCUCGACAGCGUACUAGAUGGGUACAAUGCUACUGUGUUCGCUUAUGGUGCUACGGGCUGUGGAAAGACCCAUACAAUUACUGGAACCGCCCAGCAACCGGGCAUCAUUUUCAUGACGAUGCAGGAGCUCUUUGAGCGUAUCGAUGAACGAUCAGACGAAAAAGCAACCGAGAUCUCGCUCUCCUAUCUCGAAAUCUACAAUGAGACAAUCCGUGAUUUGCUGGUGCCUGGAGGUAGUAAAGGAGGUCUGAUGCUUCGGGAGGAUUCCAACCAUUCCGUUUCGGUGGCUGGCUUGUCGAGCCACCAUCCGCAAAAUGUCCAGCAAGUGAUGGACAUGAUCAUGAGGGGCAACGAAUGCCGCACCAUGUCGCCUACGGAGGCCAACGCUACGUCUUCGCGCUCGCAUGCGGUUCUCCAGAUCAAUAUUGCACAAAAGGAUCGGAAUGCAGAUGUGAACGAGCCCCAUACAAUGGCCACAUUGAGUAUCAUUGAUCUUGCAGGUAGCGAGCGUGCCAGCGCUACAAAGAACAGAGGAGAACGACUUUUCGAAGGCGCAAAUAUCAACAAAUCCCUUCUUGCCCUCGGAAGCUGCAUCAACGCGCUGUGCGAUCCCCGAAAGCGAAACCAUAUCCCUUACCGAAACUCGAAACUUACCCGGCUUCUGAAGUUCGCGCUAGGCGGUAACUGCAAGACGGUGAUGAUCGUCUGCGUUAGCCCAUCAAGCCAGCAUUUCGAUGAGACCCAGAAUACUUUACGCUAUGCUAAUAGAGCGAAGAACAUACAAACGAAAGUUACGCGAAAUGUCUUCAAUGUUAACCGCCACGUCAAGGACUUCCUGGUGAAGAUCGAUGAACAGAUGGCGUUGAUUAAUGAGUUGAAGGCUCAGCAAAAGAACUACGAGAAGGUUGCGUUUGCCAAGUUCAGGAAGCAAACCGAGAAGAAGGACGCUGUCAUGCGAGAAGGAAUUGCUCGUAUCCGCAACGCUUACGAACACUCACUGCCAGAAAGGCAGGAAAGGACCAGCAACAUGAUCAAAUUGAGACAUAUUAGCCGCCGGAUCGGACUGCUCUCAUCUUGGAUCGCUGCAUUCGAUCAUGUUUGUGCAUCCUCCGAGUCUGAACAACCACUAUCCAAUCUCAGAGCCAUUCGCAAGACAGCACAAGGAAUCUUUCUCGAAUUGGAGAGUAGCAGGCAACACUACCAUCAACGGUUAGCAAGGUCCACGUGGGACCGCAGCUUGGUUAGUGCUGUCGAGCAUGCCGCUCGUCAGCUCCAAGAAUUCAACUUCAAUGACAAUAGCGACGUCGACAAUAUCCAUCGUGAAGCGGAGUUAUUGCGAGCUAAUACGGAGCGCGAGGCUCUCUCCGCGGUUGCUGAACAAGACAAAGCUGGGGACGCAGCCGCCGUGCAAAUGCUGCUUCAGGCUCAAUUCGAAACGAUCUCUGAGAUUGAAAAUAUCAUGGAGAUGAGCGAGGAAGAGGCUGUCGAGACAGGUAGAAAGAUUCUUGCCAAAAUGCUUGGUUCCUGCUCUACUUUGACAUCUAGCCUGGUCAAGCCUGACGGUAGUGUUCCGUCUCUCUUACCAGCCAGUCCCAUUAAGCCUAUGAGCUCUCCCAAGCAAAAGAAGAGAGUUAGUCUAGCCGCCGCACCGCCCAUCGGUCGACUCUCAUAUGCACCUGUGGUCUUGACCCCAGCAGCACCACCUUCCCCUACCAAAGGUUCUCCUAGACGCCGCAAGCUGAACGUGGGAAGGAAGAGCGUCAGCUUUUCGCCCAAGAAAGCCCAGCCGAAGCCGAUCAUCAAAAGAAGUGUGCGGUGGAGAGAUGACGAGGAAGAUGGUGCAUUGACGGAAGUCCAGAAGACCCCUCAGAAGCCGGGAUUGGCACCAGUACCCGAAGCCAGCCCUGGCGAACCCCCAUUGCCUCGAGCAUCUCCUAUUCCGCGCGGAAUUCCAGUGCCCACCCGCAACUUCAGCCCGUCAAGCGCCUCGUCCCCAAUCUCGGCUGUACCAGAACCCACGUUGAACAUCCAGAAGAACAGCAACCGCUUCAAAACUGGGUUCCUGUCGAAAAAGCCCGGUAGUUCGCCAAUGGGACCACCUCCCACGUCCACACUUCCCCUGUCCGACAAUGAAGCCUCUCCCCUUCGGGACAUUGAGAACAGCAGCUUUUUAAACCGUUCAUCAGUCGAGCGCCCCUCAAGAAUUGCUGUUCGCACGCCAAGUGGAAGCUACUCCGGCAGCCCUGCAUCAGACACUAAGAGUGCAGCAAGCUGGAAAGCAAGCAAAGAUGACGCUAUCAAGAUAACGUCUGCAAUGAGGCGCAUCUCCGGAGGCUCGUUCGGAAUCGGACCCUCGGCUAACGCACUCCGCGUUCACCGUCGCCGAAGCCCAACAGCUGUAACUUAUGGCAGUUCUCCCACAGAGAAUACCAUGUUCACAGCUUCACAGGCAAGACGGAUGGUUAAAAGCGAGAAAGAGGAUACCAAACCUCGUGUCUUGAGUCCUCGUGCUCUUCCAAUCAUGAAGAAUACACAACGCCGGAGCACAUUGGGUGGAGACAUUCGCCCGCGGGAUAUCAGUCUUACCAGUCGUGAUGCCAUAAGGCUCAGCAUGGUGGCAGCCCCUUCCCUGGAGAGACCUCCAGAACAUGUCUACCCCGGCAAUGGAUUUGGUAUGAGGUAGAUGAAUUGCAUGUGAAAUUGUUUGGUGUCAUUGCAUUGGUGAUUUGGGUUGCUGGUACGGUGUUUGGGAAUAGAUACCAUUUGCUUUCUUCCAUCCUUGAAAUUAAGACCGCACAAUCCGCGACUCGGUACAAACUUUAUAUCAUACUUCUUUUCAGCUUGAAGGGGCCUGGGUUCCAUCCAGGGCUUGGACAAACAUCGUCGGUCAUCUUCUGACUUCACUGUUGAUGGUUACAUGCUUUCAUUUUCUUUUCCCGCGAGUGGUAUAUUGCUCGGGAUAUGUACAAUAACAGCUUGCUGCAAGUUUUUCGUGGCUAAUACGCUCCUACAAGAGGCCGUCAAUCAAG